CCGAGGGAGUCUAUCCGCGACCGCAGUCUAGUUGUUUGUGGUUUCUGCUAGUGCUGUCUGUAUUCACAAGUAACACAGUCUGUGGUGUUAGGGAGACCAGUACGAGCAUGAAGCUGGAGUUUCCAGAAAGAUUUGAAGAUGUUGCCAUUGAUUUUUCAAGGGAGGAGUGGAAGCUAUUGAGCGAGCAGGAUAAAGAGCUGCACAAGGAGGUGAUGGUACAGAACUAUGAGCAUAUGGUGUCAGUAGGAUAUAGGGUGCCAAAGAAGCAGCUGUUGCAACUUUUUGAGAAACAUGUACCCGAGUCUUUGGAAGAAGCAGAAACCCUGCUUCAGCCGAAAGUAUCUGAUGCCUCCAGCAAAUACAAGGUCUCAAAGAAACCACUGUUAACGCUGAUUGAGAAACGUGAAAAAAUUGUACCUGAGAAAUGUGAAAAACUUGUACCGGAGACUGUGAAAAAAGCCACAAUCCUGGUUCUAAAAAAUAUAUCGGAGGAUCCCUCCAGCCGAAGUAAGGGCCCUCUGAAAAGACUGGUGGUGCUGACUGAAAACUACGAGAAAUGUGUACCUGAGUCCAUGGAAGAAGCAGAAACCCAGCCUCAGGAGACUUUAUCUGAUGAUGCCUCCAGCAGAGACAAGCUUCCAAAGGAAAACCUGGUGGUGCUGACUAAAAACCAUGAGAAACCAGUACAUGCGACUGUGGAAGAAGCAGAACCCCAGGAUCAGAAAACUGUAUCUGAUGAGACCUCCGGCAGCCCUUCUGAAUUGCAUAGGAGACUCUCAUCUGCAGAUGCCUACAGGAGCAUGCAACCCUGUGCGAGUCAACACCUGAUGUCAUUGCUGAAGAAAUAUCUGAAUUCAAAACAUGCCAAGAGCCCCACAUGCCGCACGUCUUCAAGACAUGAUUCCCUUCAGAUUAUAAAGAGAAAGGAGAACUUCAAAUGCCAUGACAGACCCCACAGUGGGGAGAAACAUUUGGACAAAUUAACAAAAUGGAAGAAACCAUAUACAUGUACAUGUGGCAAAAUGUUUAUGCGGAAGCAGAACUUCACAUACCACAGCAGAAGCCACACUGGAGAAAAACCAUAUAAAUGUGCCACAUGUGGCAAAGCAUUUAGGUGGAAGCAGUAUCUCACACACCAUAGACGAAUCCAUACUGGGGAACAACCAUAUAAAUGUGCAACAUGUGGCAAGAGUUUUACAUUUCAGAAGUCCCUCAUGUGUCAUGAAGUAGUACACACUUCUGAUAGAUCAUAUAAAUGUGACACAUGUAACAAGAGUUUUAAAGCUAAGCGCAAUCUUGCAUAUCAUAAGAAGAUCCACACUGGUGUGAAACCACAUAAAUGUGAAAUAUGUAACAAAACCUUUAUAAGGAAACGCCAGCUCACAGUUCAUAACACUACUCAUAGCGGAGAUCGACCGUAUAAAUGUGCAACGUGUAGUAAAAGAUUCAAACAGAGGGGUCACCUUGUAAGACAUGAGGAAACACAUUCUCAAGAGAAGCCAUAUAAAUGUUCAACAUGUGAUAAGAGUUUUAAAAGUAAGAGUGUUCUCACAUCCCAUAAGUAUGUCCACAGUGAGAUUAAACCACAUAAGUGUGCAAAAUGUGACAAAAGAUUUACAAGGAAGGAACUUCUCCUAUCCCAUGAGAAAAUCCACACUGGUGAGAAACCAUAUCAGUGUACUACAUGUGGUAAACGAUUUAUAUACAAACGUAGCCUUGUAUUGCAUGAGAGAACCCACAGUGGGGAGAAGCCAUAUAAAUGUGCGACAUGUGAUAGGCGCUUUACACAAAAGGCGAUCCUAGUAUCUCAUGAAAGAACACACAAAGAAAAGCGUUAUAAAUGUGCAUCUUGUGGUAAGGGGUUUAGUGAGAAGCAGUACCUCUUGGAUCAUGAGAGAACCCACACAGGUGAUGCAUUGUAUGAAUGUACAGCAUGUGACAAGAGUUUCUUUCAUAAGAAAUCCCUUAGCUAUCAUAUGAAAAUCCACACUGGUGAAAAGCUGUACAAAUGUACAAAGUGUGACAGGAGUUUUCCAUUAAAGCAAGGCCUCACGUAUCACAUGAGAACGCACACUGGUGAAAAGCCGUAUCAGUGUGCAACUUGUGACAAAAGGUUUAUGGACAAGUCUCAUCUUUUAAUUCAUGAAAAAAUCCACACUGGUGAGAAACCACAUAAAUGUUUAACAUGUGGCAAGCAGUUCUUAAGGAAGUAUCACCUAUUAGUUCAUGAAGAAACGCACACUGGAAGCGGCCUUAUAAAUGUGACAUAUGUGACAAAAGAUUUAUACGAAAGUCCCAUCUUGUAUGCCACGAAGGAACGCACACUGGUGAGAAACCAUAUAAAUGCACAGUAUGUGACAAAAGGUUCAGACAGAAGCCUAAUCUCAGAUGCCAUGAAAAAACCCAUUCUGGGGAAAAAACAUAUAAAUGUGCAUCAUGUGACAGAAAUUUAUUUCCAAGUCUCGGCUGACAAGGCACGAGAGAAUGCGCACUGGGGAGAAGCCAUAUAAAUGCUCAUUUUUUGACAGGAGAUUUAGUAGGAAUAAGUGUCUUAGAGGUCAUGAAAAAACCCACACUGGUGUUGGAUUGUAUAAAUGUGCAACAUAUGACAAAAGUUUCCUCUUCAAGGAAAGCCUCAAACAUCACGAGAGAACUCACAGUGGCAAAAAAAACAUAUAAAUGUGGAACGUGUGACAAAAGACGGUCAAACAAAGCUAGUCUCUCAUAUCAUGAGACAAGUCACACUAAGGAAAAGCCAUAUAAAUGCAACAUGUAACAAAGGAUUCUUGUGCAUGUCUAACCUUAUCUACCAUGAGACAACACACACUGGGAAGAGAAGUGAAAAAAAGAAGAGCACUCUUGGCAGAUGUCACAGAGUGAAGUAGUACAGAUUUCAUUAACUUUAAAAAUGCCCUAACGUAAAAGUGGGGUCCGUUUCAGUCACUGUAUUAAAAGUAUUAAUGUUUGAAGAAAUUACAACGGAUGGCUUAGGACCCAAGCAACUGAAAGAUAAACCAUGGAUGAAAGCACUUAAAAACCUAGAAGUUCUGAGGCAGUAGGUCAUAGUGUGGAAGGUCAAGAUUAGGAAACGCUUUCACCAGAAAAUGUGUCCAGAUAAUGUACAGUGCUGCUCAUGAAAACAGUAACAUACUUGCAGUAUAACUGAGGUUUGAAAAAAUUUCUAGAUACACAUACCUUAAAAUGAUGCUAGGCUGGUGAACAAAAGUUCAGAUGGAGUUUCACAACAAGGGGAAGGAACAGGAAACAAGCGGCAACUCUGAUGCAGGCAGUGUUGUGAAGUGAUGGGCCAAUGAUUUCCCAUCUGAAAGAUCAGCAGAUAACGCAGAAUGCAACUGGAGAGGCUAUGCCACUGGAAGGCACUCAUAACUUUCUAUAGAAUGCCCUCAGAAAAGUUGUACCCUCAGUUUAGAAGUAAAUUGUUUAAGGGAAAAGUUACUUGAUAUAAUAGAGAUGUCUAGAAAUAAGAUUGAUGAAAGAAACUGAUUACAGAAAGUAAGACAGACCCAAAAUGUUAAGUCUUAAUAAACAGAGGAACAUAAUACUCAAGAUUAACAGAAAUUCUUGCAGUAUAAGUAAACAUAUUAUAUUUAAUGAAAAUGAUGAAAACAAUUCUCCUAAACCUUGGAGACUGAAAAGGAAGUCACCAGCCGAAGAAAUAUGAUGAAGAAUUUAAUAUUUAAUACUUUAAGCUUCCACGAGCUUUUCGUCAGCAUAAAUACACCAACUUCAUCAGAAAAAACGAAGAAAACAGAAACGCUUGCCAUUACCCAGGUGUUAAUGGUAAACGAUCCAUUACAUGCAUGUUGAGACUCAGGAGCUUAAAUAGGUAAAAAUUUAUUUUGCUUGGAUUCUUUCCUUUAGUUUAAAAUUUUAGACUAGUUUCACCAGUUGACUUUGUUGAAAUUAAUUUUUCUUUACAUAUUAUUUUUGUACUUUAGUAUUUUAUACUUAUAAAAAUGUCAGCGUAGAAUAGGUUUUUACUAGAUUUGAGUAAUACUUGAUCUUGAUAGAAUACAGAAGGUUAGUCUGUCCAUAAUGUUUAAAUAUACGCAAGCAUCCUUUAUUUGUAUAUUUGUAACAUGUUAGUUUUUCGCAUAGUAGUAGAUUGGAUUGAUUCAUUAGAAACUGUAUAUAUUCACUGUUGCUUAAUAUUUUUCAUUGUAUUUUUGUUUUUACAUUGUGUUGGGUGUAAACAUUAAUAGAAGGUAAUUAUGUUACUUAUAAGGUGUUUUUAAUGAUAAUUGUUAAUUGUAUUUAAGGGGAAGGUGUUUGGUGACAUUUCCAUUCUUUGUUUUUUCUGAUGAAGUUGGUGAUGAAAAGCUCGUGGAAGCUUAAGGUAUUAAAUAUUCAAUUUUAAUUUUUCAUCAUAUUUCUUCAGCUGGUGACUUCCUUUUCAGUCUCCGAGGUUUAGGAGAGUUUUUUCCAUCAUUUUCAUUAAGUGGAGUGUCUCUUCCUUGCUGCAGUCUGUUUUGUUGGUUUGUAAACACAUUAUAUUACUAUGCAGCUAAAUUAAUAACAGUCCUACCACUAAAACAGAGCAAUAAGGGAGAGGAAAGGAAGAAAUAAAAUGCCUGUCAUGGAAGCACUGAAUAAAAGUGUCACUGUUAGAAGAAUAUCGAAGAGGGAACCAAUCACCAAAAAUACAUAAAAGAUAGACGUAAUGAAAGCAAUGCAUGGUAUCAGAAUGGCCCAGGAUCUGUCAUAUACUAUUUCAAAUAAUAAAGAUGUCAACACAGGCAGAACCUUUUAGAAAAUGUGCAGUUAAAUAUAAAGGAAAAGUACAAGGUAAGCAAUUCAUUGAUGACACAAAAAUUUUUAUAGAGAACUAGGAAUAGAAACAUUACCAAAGGAAAAAAAAACAGACACAUUUUGGAGAAAUAUUUAUGAAAAUCCAGUGGAACAUAAAGAUCCUGGAGGGACAGAAAAAUUAAAAGAAACCAUAGGGAGUUAAAAUGUACAGGAUAUGAAAUGGGGUGAAAUAGCCAGAGACACUGAACCAAAAUUAAGAAAAACUGCUAACUAGAAAACCCCAGGCCAUGAUGCAGUACCUAAUAUCUGGCCAAAAGUAUUAACAUCUUUGCACACAGAUUUAGCCUCAAGUAAGAACUUAUGUGUACAUCCCAAACAGACACCAACAGGAAGACAUGAUAUUCGUCCCUAAGAGUGAACCUGCAUGCCAUCUUAAAAACUGUAGACCAGUAAAUUGCCUUCUGAUGAUGUACAAACUGUAUGCUGGAAUUGAUGCAGAGUUUUUAUACUCAUUUAGGAAGAAAAAAACUCAUGGCAAUAGAACAAAAGGGUAACAAAAGAAAGUCAUAUGAACAAAAGAUCAUGGUGUUCAAUAAAGAUGUAAUAGAGAACUGCAAAAAGGGGAGAAGUCUAAGUUUGGUAUAAAUAGAUUCCAGAAAAGCAUUUGAGAGCAUCCCACAUUCAUGGGUAAAGAAGUUCUUUUAGAAGUGGAUACAUCCUGCUUUGAUCAAUUACAUUACUGUGACCAUGAAACAGUGGCAAACCACUUUGCAAUUAAGCCAUGCUGUAGGGAAAAUUAUCUCAUGGAUAAAAAUUCAAAGGGGGAUAUUCCAGGCUGAUUAUUUCUCACUGCUGUUGUUUUGUCUUGCCCUUAACCCAUUAAGCUGUUUACUUAACAGAUUAGGUCACAGUUAACACUCUGGCUUUCAGAAAGCAUGUACUUUUUGUGAAUGACUUAAAAUUGUAUAGUUUAUCAAAUAGAGUUGAAAACACAACUACAAGUGGUUAAAACCUUGUCAGAUGCUAUAAGAAUGGUAUUUGGUCUUGAUAAAUGUGCACAAGCAGUGUUUAAAACAAGACCGUUGUAGUGCUAAGAAGAUAUCAUUGUAGACAGGAAUGCGAUAUAAAGGAACUUGAGCUAGGUUCAUAGGUUCGUACUAGGUUAUCUGCCCUAGGGCAUU